AUGGUUGAGGGGAAAGACACAUUCCAACUGCAGGUUGAAACACCACCAGUAAAAUCUAUGUUAUUAGAGCAAUUACCAAAUGAAUUGUUAAUCUACGUAUUUGAAUUCUUAUCGCAUUGCGACCUCUAUCAUGCCAUGUACAAUUUAAACUCGCGUCUAAACAAAUUAUGUCAUACCCUAAAAUUAUACUUAGAUUUGGACGGGAUAAAAUCUACCUUUGACGAUUUUUGUUCUAGUCCACGACCAUUGAGAUCACAGGUCUAUAGUCUAAGAUUAUCGGACAGACUUGAUCGUUUGACACUCGUUCAUCAGUUUACUGAUAUUGGCAUUUUCACCAAUUUGAGAGCAUUGACCAUAACAGAUGCGUCUUCGGAAAAUCUUGAUAAAGUAGUGUCAAAAUUACAUUUAUUAAGACAUCUAUUCUACUUGAACAUUUCUAGAGCAGCGAUUCAAUCAGUCUAUAUUACAACGGCUCUAUUUUCAUUACAAUCAUUGAAAUAUCUGAUUCUAUAUUCAGUUGAACCCAUUAUUUUUAAUUUUAACCAUGCUGAUAUUCAUCCAUUGACGGCACUCGAAUAUUUAGAAAUCGAUGGUUGUCAUGUGGUCGAGUUCUUAGAGCUGCUCAAAUAUGUGGGUCCAAAUUUAAAUCGAAUGAAAAUUGGAAUACAUUAUACGAAUGAUCAAGAUCUAGAAUCAAUUGAUGGACAAAUAAUUGAUAAUCACCGUUGUGCAUCAUUAAGUCAUCUCCACAUGUCAUUUAAUUAUUUAUCGUUAACGAAUUUUCAACUUGUCGUAAAAUUAUUUCCCAAUCUAAGACAUUUAACAUUGUCAACAUUUAAUGAUGACUUGAAUUUUGUAUCGGCGGCAAUUUGGCAUCGGUUCAUUUCUACAUACCUCUUAAAAUUAGAAAAAUUUCAAUUUCACAUACGGAUCGAUGAUGUUGUUCAGAGUCCGCCACCGGAACUUGUCUAUUCAUUUAAUGAUCUUAAUGGUCAAUGGAUUGAUAGUUCUGUCAUUAUGGAUUAUAAUUUCCGAUUAGACCCAUCGCUAUUCGAAUUCUAUACCUAUUCACAACCCUCGCUCGACGGCAAGUAUAUUGUAGAAUUCUAUGAUAAAAAAAGAUAUAUAACAGCAAUGAAUGAUAUGAUUAAUAUUGAUAAAAAUAUAACAAAGCUAAAAAUUACAUUGCACGAUGAUCAACUAGUAGCGAAUGAACCACCAAUUACUUACCCGAACGUGACAUCAAUCAAUGUUCAUUCGCAAAUCACAACAAUUGCAGCGGAAAAUGAUACGACGAAAAAUAGUUUGAUCUGUUCUGACAUACAGAAGUCUAUUCCGGAUUUAUCGAAGAUCAAUACGCUUGCUUUCACAACUCAUUCACCAACCGAUUCAAUUCAUUCACCAUUAACUUUUACACACGAUCUUCUAGUUAUGUUGUCAAAUGUUGCUCAUCUUUACAUACCUUACAAUUACUUACUUCAACUCCUCAAAUCACCUUCAAUUGUACAAGAAUUAGCGAAGAAAAUUGAUUGCUUAUCGAUUAGCUUUUACAACGAUCCGCCGCUAUUUGAAGAUAUGAUGCGAAUCAUAUCUUUAUUUUCGGCAAGGCUACUUUUUCUAAAUUUUGACAUUUACAUUGAUUUUCCAUAUGUCACAUUUUACCUUAUUUUGCCAUUAAUAAUGCGCGGAAUAUGUGCCGAAUUGGUAACGUUUGAUUUGAUGCUAUGUGGACAAAAUGAACAGCAAGCACUAACAUUUAACGAAGAAUUUAAAAUAUGGUUCAAACAAUGUUUGACGACAUUGGCGAAAGCCAAUGAAAAACAAUCGGCUCGAAUAGAAUAUAGAAUCACAGAUCGAAAUUUUAUUAUUUCUUUUUGA